CCAAUAUUCUAUAAGCUAAUCGGCUCAGGACGUUGUCUGAUAAUCUCGUUGUGGCAGCUCGGUGGCGCGGGGAGGAGCAAUGGCGUCCGUGGUACGAAGCGCGAUGAAAUCCGUCCGAGAAAAGGGUAUCGGAGGGUUCUUCCGCGAUCUCAGAGAGGAAGGAUAUUUGUCCGCUCUACUGGAUGGAAAUCUCAUGCAAACAAAGAUACACAACAUAGGUGCGAGACUUGUGGGUGUUGACAAAUUCGGCAACAAGUACUACGAGAAAUUAGGGGACACUCAAUAUGGGCGACACAGGUGGGUGGAAUAUGCUUCAAAGAACCGCUACAAUGCUUCUCAGGUUCCACCAGAGUGGCACGGUUGGCUGCAUUUUAUAACUGACCAUACGGGGGAUGAGCUGCUGUUGUUGAAGCCAAAGAGGUAUGGGGUUGAACACAGAGAGAACUUUUCUGGAGAGGGAGAUGAAUAUGUAUAUCACUCAAAAGGACAUACCCUUAAUCCCGGGCAAAGAGACUGGACAAGAUAUGAAUCCUGGCAGCCCAAGAAGGCCUGACUGCACUGCACUGCACUGAUGAGAGCUGGAAAAUAGCUCUCUUUCCCCUUUUCCCGUUGUUAUAUGAAUAAAUCUAAUGGACCCUGUCUGUUUCUAAACCCCGUGAUUCAACGAGUGCGUGGGGUUUCUGUUUUUUGUUUAAUUAUCUUUGAUGGAGCUGUAUGGGAUAUCCCCCAAUAUUAUUUGUCAUCAUGUUGUUUUCCAUAAGUGCUACCGGCUUGUUGAAGGUAAUAAUGAAGAAGUGGGCUUCGGGUAGUUGUUUAGGAUAAGCUUUGCUGGAUAUUGGGUCUCACUAACUGCCUUAGACCGGGAAUAAAGAUGCAUUCUUCUCUUGUCA